CGACUGUCGAUUGACCUUGCAUUCCUUUCCAAGCUUCUUGUCAUAAUUUCCAUCAGGUAGAAUUUAGUUCCAACUUGAUAGAAACUUGCUCUGCAGAAAGCAACAUUUUCUCUAACAUAACUGAUGAAUCAACAAGUAAUAGCAACGAUGAAAACACACGAGUUCGAUAUUCGAGUAGCACUCGUUGGAUAUGUGAGGUAAGCAUGUGGAAGCAAUACGAGUUUUGGAUACACAUAGAAAGGUUCGGAAAGAUCUCUGGUGAAUGGAAGUAUCUUACUUUUUUCUUGCCAUGUGCUUCGUCUCUAUCACUCUCGUCUUUAACAGCGUCGGAAAAUCCACGGUCCUCAAUGCUUUGUUGGGCGACAGGUUCAGCGAAGUUUCUUUGAAGCGAACUACCGCGGGUGUCAAUCUCUUUCGCAUCUCUCAACCUUCGCAAGUCGAAGGAAAGAAAGACCUCGAAGGAAGCGCGACACAAGAAUGGUCCACUCUUGAUGAUUGCAAGGUGAUGAAAGGAGCGAACGCGACGCACGAAGAGAUCUCCGAAGACAACAAAAAGUUGCGAUCCAGCGACGUUGUGGAGGAAAAGACCUUUGAUAUCCAGGUCGAUUACCAAAUCUGUGAAAUGCGUCCGGAUACGAAUUUGAUUCUCAUCGAUAUUCCUGGUAUUAAUGAAGCAGAGGCUAGCAAGAAGUAUAAGGACUACGUAGAGUCAAACUGGGAUACGUUCGAUUGUGUCGUGGUUGUCAUGGAUGCCAUCAAGGGUGUCAACACAGAAGAACAAGUCGAACUUCUCAAGUUCGUCCAACAGAACAAUCAGAAUACCAAGGAUAUUCCUACCAUUAUUCUCGGGAACAAAAUUGAUGAUCCGGACGACGAAGAUGCCAUUGCUCUCAUGCACGAGACCCAUACCAAAACAAUGGAAAUAUUUGGCCAUGUUGACUCCAAGUACAUGCCCCACGAAAGAAAGACGAAGGAUAACGAAAACAAUUACUUUGGUUCGAAUGAAACUGACACUGCAUUCAUUCCAAUCUCAGCGAAAAAUGCCUUCACGUAUCGAAAGGCCGGGAGAAUCGACACCGAUCAUCUGAAGGAUGCCAAACACCGAGAUCUUCUCAACAAGAUAGGGAAUGAUGAACUCGGACGUAAAUGGUCCAAGAUGGAUAUGGAUAAAAAAGUGGAGGCCGUAACAGAAAUCCUUCGAGAUCCCGCAGAACUCGAUGAGCGACUUGCUGAUACCAACUUCAAUACGUUCCUUGCCGUCCUUUCAUCGUUUGUAGGCAGCGACGAAAGGCAACAAGACAUUCUUAGAAAGCAGACAGAGCUGGAAUUAGCGCGCAUUUCACACGGAGUUUUAGGAGAGAAGGCCAUUGCUGCAUCAAUCUUGGAAGUCUUCAAGAGGAUGAAACCGAUCGGUUGGGUCGACACGGGCAUCCUGCACACUGCUUUUUGGGGCGCCUUUGAAAAUUUCAAAUGCGGAGCCUUGAUUGACGCAUUUGAAACCGAUGUGAGUCCGAAGGCGUUCGGACGCGCAUUUACGGAGCUCGAGAAAUAUCAUGAUGUGGCUUCCAAGCUUGGGUGGACGAAGGAAUCCGAGCGUGCCAUCUUCGAGAUGAAAAAGAUGUUGCGAUCGCAACUUGUUUUGUUAUUGCAAAAAGUGAAGAAUUGGAGUUUUCAUUCGUUCUGUAUGGAAGCCGGUGUGCGGCUUCACUCUGAUUGGGGUGAGCAUGGUUGCGGACUUUGCAGUGGGUAUGGUUGCAAUACUGUUUAUCGGUAUCCUCAAAGCAGUAGUCGGUAUGCCCAAAGCAGUAGUACCGAGCGGAGCUAUGGUGUAUGCCGUCGAAGUAAAUUUGCUUCCUGGCCUGACACAUUGACAAUCCCAAGUGCGACCACUUGGGCAAAUCUCUCACCACAGGACUGGAUCACCAUUUUGGCAUCUCUUUCAUUGGUCUGGAAUCAAAGUUGGUUUAUUGAAGAUUUUGGUCACGAAAAACUAGAGCUAGAGGCGGCGCUUCUCAGGUACCGUAGCUUCUUUUAUUCUUCCCCUGUCGGGACGCUUUCUUCCGACAAAUUUACGGGAAAUCAGGAUGACGAUACAGCAUUAAACGAGUUCAUUCUUUCACAUUCAUACAAGGAUGCUAUCAUCAAUAUAUAUGGCACAAAGAAAUCAAAGAAAAGUGAAUCCCAAUCGAAGAAUCGAUUUGACUUGCUAUUAAGCGAUGUGAUCGAUACCAAUGGAACAGACAACGCUGCCAUUACCAAAGUGAGAAUGCCGAUGUCGUUGGCGGAUCCUUCUCAUUGGGGUAACCUGGCUUGGAAGUACAUCAAAUUUUGCAACAAACAGGAAGAUAUGAUUGACUCCCGUGAGAAGAAGAAGCCUCGACUGCUUUAAAACGAAGAAAAUCAAGUUGCUGGCGAUGCUGUAACGCACUUCCAAUAGAAAAGAAUCGUACAGCAAGGUAUGGUAUAGGACGUUGCAAAAACAAAAUGUUCUUUUUCCGACGCGUUGCGAAGAAUGUAUGAAAUAUUUGAAAUAAAAUACUUUUUUUACA